AUGACCGUUCAGCACCUUUCCGUCUCCCCAGAGAAGGUUCGAGCGACAAUCGACAGUGCGUUGGAAAAGGUUGCGAAGCAACUUCGCGAGUUGAAUCAUGCUGUAAGCCCUCUGUCACAAUCGUUAGGACAGGAGAUUGGCGAUGAUGGCUCAUUAGAUCCUCUGCAGAUUUGGUCAAACCCCGAACUAGCCUACGAAGAGCAUAAAGCACAUGACAACAUUUGUGAUUUUCUCGAGGGCCAAGGCUUCAAAGUGACUCGACAUGCCUAUGGUGUAUAUACUUCUUUUGAGUGUAUUAGCGGCACAGAGGGCCGUUUGGUGAACUUCAAUGCGGAAUACGACGCACUUCCCGACAUUGGACAUGCCUGUGGGCACAAUCUCAUUGCCACGAGUAGUAUCGCAGCUUUUCUGGCGCUCAGCCAUUUGAAAGAUGAAUUCAGGAUUAAUGGUCGGAUCCAGUUGCUUGGGACUCCGGCGGAGGAGAACGGCGGAGGCAAAGCCAAGCUGCUUGACGCCGGAGCUUACAAGGGCGUUGAUGUUUCUCUGAUGGCCCACGGUGGACCGAAGAACCUGGUUGGUCAGCCUAGCGAUGGCGUAGCAGGAAUUCUCAUGAACGCCCGCAAAGAGCUCGUCGUUGAAUACUUUGGCAAAAACGCCCAUGCUGGAGGUAAUCCAUGGGAUGGUGUGAAUGCCUUGGAUGCUCUAGUCCAGGCAUACAACGGCAUCUCCAUUUUGAGACAGCAAAUUCUGCCCGAUGAACGAAUCCACGGGGCGUUUUUGGAUGUGCCCAAGGUGGCGAACGUCAUUCCGGCAUACACCAAGUCUUACUGGCAGAUCCGAAGUCCUACUUUAAAGGGACUCAAUAAUCUCAUUGCGAGAGUUCGGCAAUGUGUGGAGGGGGCUGCCAUUACGACUGGUUGCACAGUUAAGAUUGAAGAGGAGGGAUUGUACACUGAUAUUGUCUUGAAUGAGACUCUAUGUGAGCGAUAUACAAGUCAUAUGGAGGGAUAUGGGAGGUCGACGAUCAAAAAGCACGACAAGGUCCUGACUGGGUCUUCAGAUGUUGGCAACGUGAGCUACGCUGCUCCUACCCUACACUCAAUGUUUGGAAUUCCCACUCCGGAAGGCUGCUUCCCCCAUCAUCCUUCUUUCACGGCUUGUGCAGGAACCGACGAAGCUCACGAGGAAGCUGUCAUUACCGGAAAGGGUCUAGCUCUACUAGGCUGGGAUAUGUUGACCGAUGAUGCGCUGUUCAAUUCAGCUAAGGCUCAAUGGGAAGGGCAAUUGCCGGCAAACGCUAAAAAAUAG